GUUCCUCGAACUCCCUCUGCGUAUAUUUUUCCAGUGGAACUUUUCAUUGUUUUGCGAAACAAAGUCUAUAUUUCUGUGUUAUUUCUAAUAAAUCUGAGAUAGUCCAUUCGAGAUUACUAGAGGCGAAUGUAAUUCGAUUCAAGUACGUUUAACUCGGUGAAAGGGAUUAAUUUCUUUCGUACCAUAACCUCUGUGAUUUCAAAGAGUUCUUUUUAAAAACAAAGAGUAAAUCAAAAGUCAAAAUGGCACACUACAAAGGCGCAGCCAGCGAGGCUGGUCGAGCGAUGCAGUUGAUGAAGAAACGAGAGCUCGCCCAGCAGGAGAUUGAAUUAAGGAAGAAAAAAAUCGAAGACGACCUCAAGAUCCACAACAUCGAGAACAAAUUUGCAACUCAUUACAAUGCCGUCGAGCAGCAAUUAAAAACUUCCACGAUAGGUCUUGUUACACUAAAUGAGAUGAAAGCUAAGCAGGAGAACAUCGUCAAGGAAAGGGAACGCAAACUUGCCCAGAAGGAACGGGAGAAAGAACAAGAAAAGGAAAGAGCUCUCGCUGCGAAGCAAGCUGAGAAGAAUAAACAGAAAAAGCAGAUUCAAGCUCUGUCGUUUACGUUAGAAGAUGAGGAGGAAGACGAGGAGGAAAUAGAAAACCCAGAGGAAGAGAUCGAAAGCACUCCUGAAGCAUCGAAACAAUCUGGUAGUACUUCUCCGCUUCCAACUGCAAAAAAGAUUAAGAAAAAUCCAGACGUCGAUACGAGUUUCCUGCCUGAUAGAGAAAGGGAGGAAGAGGAAAAUAAACUGAGGGAAGAGUUGAGGCAGGAGUGGGCAAUGAAACAAAACGCAUUAAAGGAGGAAGAAAUUGAAAUCACUUUCAGUUACUGGGAUGGCUCGGGGCACAGGAGAAGUGUCGUCAUGAAGAAAGGUAAUUCGAUAUAUCAACUUCUCCAGCGUUGUUUGGAGGUCCUGAGACGAGAAUUUGGUGAACUGAAGACAGUCAUGGCGGACCAGCUGAUGUACGUCAAGGAAGACUUGAUUUUGCCGCAUCAUUACACGUUUUACGACUUUAUAGUUACGAAGGCAAGAGGAAAAAGUGGACCAUUGUUUACGUUCGACGUCCAUGACGACAUUCGUGUGAUGCAUGAUGCAUCCGUCGAAACGGAGGAAUCCCACGCAGGGAAGGUGUUACUAAGGUCGUGGUACGAAAGAAAUAAGCACAUCUUUCCAGCCAGUCGAUGGGAACCAUUCGAUCCAACCAAGAGCUACGACAAGUACACCAUCUCCGACAAAAAGAAAAAGGACAAGAUUUAGUAUAAUUCAGGGACUGCCAUUUGAUAUCAAACUACCGAAUCGUGAGCCAGAGGUGUCCGUGAGAAAUCACUAUUCCAAGGAAAAAUCUAGGAACUGUCCUAGGAACUCCUAUGCAAGAUUUUCCUUCGUAACAGUAUAAUUACAAUUUCGAAUGUUUCGGUGCAUGUUAAAUUCCACUCGAUGACGCACCAGCGGUCUCCUUCGUUCUUCUAAGUAUUUAUACAGGGUAAAGGUGCGAAGAAAUCAACCGAUAACGGCUCAGUAAAGGCCUUUUAUAUCCUCUUAACACAUUCGCGACCGCUGACGUGAAUUCACGUCAUAUUAAAUUCUAUUCCUGGUUGCCGCUGACGUGAAUUCACGUCUUUUCAA